CAAUAAGUAAAAUGAGUGAAUACGAAGACUGUGUGUGGAACCCUCCAGGCUGUGUUCCAUCUGGUAUUACAAUACCAGAGUUCCCAGUGCUUUCGACAAGUUCUCAGUCAACUAAAAUUGAUGAUAGAAGUCUCUCGAAUUUUAUGGUGAUUCAAGACAUCUCUCAUGCAACAAGGCCUCAAUCGCAACCGAUUCAAGUUGCUCCUAGCCCUGAUGUAAACGACGAUCAUCUACAACUUAAGAGUUUACUUGAAUCUUGGAAUCAAACACACAUAUUCGAUCACUUAAUAGCUCAAAAUAUCACUUUGAAGGUUUUAAAGAUGAUUAAACCUCAUCAUAUCGAAAGACUGUUAAAACAGUUUGAUAUGGCGACACAAAUUACUUUCGAAUAUAAUUUGGAACUUUGGCGUCAAUACGACACAGCCUCUCCUUUGGAUGGAAUCCUGUUAGCUGGCCCUGAAAGGUCCACAUCGCGUCAGUUGUCAGAGUCAUCUCGAGUUUCGCCUUACCCAUCAAGAUGUUCAACACCAGAUUCUGAACCAAUACGUGUACUAUUGUCCGAUAUUCUUAAUGAAUCGGCAAAGGCUAAAGUAUUAGUAGAAUACUAUAAUAAGUUCCAAAUAUUUAAAGAAGAACAAAGAAACUCUUUAAUAAAUGUGGUAGCUCAUUAUUUUGAAGAUAAGGGCAUUACCAUGUCUUUAGCAGCCAGCUUUGCGAUAGAGAAGGACAUUAUCGAAAAAUUCCCGACUGAGAAACUUGAUUAUUACAGAACAACCAAACGUGGUAAAAUAUAUAACAAAUGGCGUAAUUUAAACUCACAUUUUAAAUGUACGAUGACUGAAAUAAAACCAAAACCAAUUAAAGGACAUAAAGUACAACGCUAUCAGGAAGAAAUUGGUGAACCAGAGCAGGAUGCUGAAACCUGCAUAAGCACUUUAAAAUAUAGUCAUUUAUCUUCUGACGAAUUUGACAGUGUGUGGAAAGCCUGCAGCAAUUUCAGGUUGCAGCAAAUUAAAACCCUGGAAACAACAACUGCUGUACUGGACGCAUGGCCUUUCUACCGACAACCUUCUGGAUUUCGUUUGAUUGAAAUAGAUUUUGAAUCGGCAUUUAAAACUAGGGGACACCUACUUGUCAAUUGGAAGUCUGAAUCUCCUGCAAUCUUAUCUUUUCUUAAGGAUGGACAGCAUGUCAAAGACAAAAAUAUUAAAUCAAUGUUAGAUAAACUAACGACUCAAAAUGAUAAUGAAAAUGGGUUUGAUGCAGCCUUGUUGUGGAGUCUACAUGGGUAUAUGGUGCCUACGAAUAAAAUCGUCAAAAAGGAUGUCACCGGAAAAAACGCAACAACGAAAUUUACCAUUAAGGAUUCCCAGGAAUCCUUUUUGUUUUUGGGACGUAGUAUUCAAGAAGUAGAGGACCACAUCAGCUUCUUAAAGGAAAAGAAAAAAAGUGUUCAACCGUUUGUUUAUUGCACAGGCGAAGAUAUCUUCAACAUUGAAACCAGCAGUUGA